AUCAACAUCAACAUCAACAUCAACAUCAACAUCAUCGAUACAAUUAAAAUAGAAGGAUAAGGUGAAAGUGUGGUUGUCGGCGCCGCCGCAGUCGUGACAUCGACACCACACAGUACCGCCAGCAGUAACCGAACUGCUACCACGAAUAAACGCUAGUGCGUGCGCGUGGCGUGCUUGUGUGCGUUUUCCCGUAGAACGAGAAGGAGCGAGAGCGAGGGAGCGAGCUAGACACACAGAGAUGCAGUGAGCGUGAAGGAACGAAGGGGAUACGAGGAGAGGUGCAAUUAUGCGAGAGUUGUCGCCAAAGUUGUUAAUCCAGCGAAACUGCUGUCCGUUGUCUCGUCAUCCACAGGAUUACGAGGGCUCCGGUGCAUUAGGACUCGCGUAUUAUUAUUGUACGUGUGACUCGUGAUCGCAGACGUCGCCUAAGGCUUACGACUGUGCGCGUAUAUGUGAUUAGUCCCGAGCCCGAAGAGAAACGGCCUCGCCUUUUUCCCCUUUUACCCUAAAAAAUUCCCAACUCUCCCUUUUUCUGCCUCCUCGCCUCCGUUUAUGUUUUUGAUUUUUCUUUUAUCGUAUUGCUUGUUUGGUACGAGACUCCUUGUACGUACGGCCUCCUUCUGCCGCACACUGCGACGUUAUACUUCAUGUUAGUCUCGAUCGUUAAGAGACUGGCCUUUGUUAUCUGCAAUGGACUGCACACUGGAAAUAAAUGAUGAACGGCAUUGAAUACGCUUGAGUUGUUUGUAUUUUUGUACUUUCGGGAGUGCACGGAGUGCAACAAUGAGAUUUUCCCAAAAUGACAAAUCAUGAAGUAAUAGAGUGAGCGUUAUUGGCAUUGGAACAGGAUCGAUCCUUUGGCACUCAGUAAAAAACAUUAGCAAGAGAAAAUGCAUUCACGCAGCGAGAGAUGAAACCAGUCACUAUUAUAGGGGACAGUAAGGAUAUAUACCAAGUUGAUUAGGGGAUGCCUAGCCUACACUCGCUCGUCAUACGACGAGCUGUCCCCAUGGAUAUGGGUACUGCUGCAAGUUCCGUAACCACGGUGAACGCUUCAUCUAAACCCAGUGGCAAUGUAAAUCAGAAGAAAAUGGAGAAGAAUAAUAAAUUGAGUGGCAUAAGGCUGCCUCUGCUGCGAAAAGAGUCCAGUGCAAUUAAUUUAACCUUAGCUGAAAAGUCAAUGAACAAGAGAAGUGGAGAGGCUCCACUGCUGAGGCCAGAGAGCAGUGGAAGCCUGGAGGCAAAAGGUGGCAGUUGGGUGAGCUUAGGGCCGACGGCUCUAAGGAAAUGUGAGACUGCAGUGGGACUAAGUACUUUGGCUCUCGAGGGCCGACCGGUAAAUCGAAGUAGAGUUUGUUCGCGCUGUUCUAGUUUAUUGUCACUAGCCUCAAGUUCGCGAUACAGCUUAGCCGCUGGAAGUUUCGUUCCCGCGGCUACCUCACAACAGCAAGUCGGUCAACUGUUGUGCAAGCUUUGUUUGUCAGACGUCUCGAUGUCGCAAACAUUCACCAUUGAAAAUUGCGGAUGCUCCAAUUGUAAAGAUUGUAUGCGUGCUUAUGUGGAAUUUGAAAUAGAAGAAGGAGCUUAUGAUAUCAGUUGUCCCGAUGCAAAAUGUGAUCAAGAUGGUAUGCUUUCCUUAAAAGAAAUUGGUACACUCGUAACUCCAGAACUUGUGCAGAAACAUCACAAAUUUCGUCUUAAUAGAGAUGUGUCGAUGGACAAAGAGAGAGCAUGGUGUCCACGAGCUGGCUGUGAAACCAUUUGUUCAUUAAACGACAAUGGAUCCAAUGGGAAUUCACCAGGGCCUAUGCAUUGUCCAAAUUGCUCUACAGACUUCUGCUCUCUUUGCAGAGAGCCUUGGCACAAUGGUCCCUGCCCCGAGCUUCCAUUGGGCAUACCUUUUAAUAGUGAUCAUAUCAAGUGCUGCCCAAUGUGUUCUGUGCCAAUUGAGAAAGAUGAGGGCUGUGCACAAAUGAUGUGUAAGCGGUGCCAGCAUGUGUUUUGUUGGUAUUGCUUGGCAUCGCUGGAUGACGACUUCCUGCUACGGCACUAUGACAAGGGACCCUGCAAAAACAAGCUGGGUCAUUCGCGUGCUUCCGUCAUCUGGCAUCGGACGCAGGUAAUAGGGAUCUUCGCGGGUUUCGGGCUCCUGCUCCUGGUGGCCUCGCCCCUCCUACUCCUCGCCGCGCCCUGUAUCGUGUGCUGCAAGUGCCGGGUCUGCGGCUCCUCGCGCCUCGAGCAGGAGGAAGCAGUGGCGACUGUGGUACCGAUGACGACAGCUGCGACAGCGGCUCAGGAUGACGCUGCCACGUAAACGGCCAACGAGCCGUGUAAGGGCCAAAGAGAAUCAUUAAUUGCGAGAAUUGGUAUAUGGACUGGUAUAUAAUGUACACAUAUUUUUUUCUGACGAAUCGAAGAUCUCGAGAGGAUAGAUAGGAUUUGCAUGCGAGUACGCGCGAACAAAUGUAUCGAGUAUGCGUAAAAUAAAACGCGGACUAUUAUUAAUUACUCGCAUUUCGCUGUCUUAUUAAUUUAAUUUACGCAGGCUUACUGCAAAUGAAUAUUUAAGUUGCUCCCGUAUGCACUUAAUGAAGUUCAUUCAUACUAGGGUGAAUAUUCACUAUGUUAGAGUGAGAUUACAGUUUAAUACUUAUAAUUCACUCCGGAAUGAGAGGAUUUCACUAUAAAGAUUUAAUCCCUAGGAAUAUUUU